GGGGAGGGAGUGUGUGUACAGCUGGUGGGGCUCCAGGAGAAUAACGGUGAUCAAGGUCAGCAGCGGGGGCUUGGGAGGAGCUGGGCCGGAGGAACCGCUUCAGUCAGUGGUCAGUUUCGAUUUCCCUUGCCCGAUUGAAUGCAGAUGGUUUCAGUUUUCAGUUUCCCUUUCUUUCCUUGGAGACGAGGAAGCCAAAAUAUCCCGGUUACGUAACACGGACUCUUUAAAUUCAAAUGCAGGAGGCAGAGAGGCAGAUCGCCGCGCGGCCGUAGCUCCAGGCAGAGAAUUCUCCAGCUGGAUCCGGUCAAGUCCAUACUCGCCCUGCAGACAUGAGUGAGGUGACCAAAGAGUUGCUGGAAGGGUCUCUGAAGCAGCUGAGCUGUAACUUCACUUGGCAGUUAUUCAAGAGAGAGAGCAGCCUUGAGAACCUGGAGGAGAAGAUCACCAACGGCAUUGGGUUUCUCUGCCCUCAGGCAAAAGCCUCUGGAUACAACCUCCUGGCCUACCUGAAGCACCUGCAGGGUCGAAACGAGGAAUCCCUGAGCUGCCUCAAGCAAGCCGAAGAGCUGACCCAGCAGGAGCACCCUGGCCAGGCAGAAGUCAGGAACCUGGUCACUUGGGGCAACUAUGCCUGGCUGUACUACCACAUGGGGCAGCUGGAGGAGUCACGUACCUACCUGGACAAGGUCGAGCAGACAUGCAGGAAGUUUGCAAACCCGUACAGGAUCGACUGCCCAGAGAUGGACUGCGAGGAAGGCUGGGCUAGGCUCAAGUGUGGCAAUCGCUAUGCAGAACGGUCCAAGGCCUGUUUCGAGAGGGCUCUGGAGAAGGAUCCAGACUGCCUGGAGCUUCAUGUGGGCCUGGCCAUUGCCACCUGUGGUCAGGAUGAGGUCAGCAGAUCAUGGAACCACCAACAUCUUGACCUCCUGUGGCACACCAUUGAGCUGGAUCCUGGCAAUGAUUACCUUAAGGUGCUCCUGGCCUUGAAACUGCAGAAAAUAAAUGAUGUAGCCACAGGAGAAAAGUUAGUGGAAGAAGCCUUGGAAAAGGCCCAGUCGCCAGAUGUUUUCCAGCUGGCUGCCAAAUUCUACCGGAACCAAGGUUCCCUGGAAAAAGCCCUCAGUCUGUUUGAGAAGGCUGUGGAGUGCCAGCCCGCCACAAGCUCACUCUACCACCAGACUGGGUGUUGUUAUCGGGCCCUGGCCAGCCAAAUCCUGCACAGAGAGAAGUUGGGAGAGCUGCAGGGCCCUGAGAUCCGAGAGAAGGUACAACAGCUGCAGGGCCAGGCCACCAGGUAUAUGGAAAAAGCCCUCGAGAAAAAUGGCUGUUACCCGAAUAUGUACUCAGACCUCGCUUCCAUGUAUGCAGCACAAGGCCACCACCAGCAAGCAGAGGCCACCUUCCAAAAACUACAUAUGGAGCAGCUCACAAACAAGGAGAAACAGCAAUUCCACCAGCGUUAUGGGAACUUCCAAGAGUAUUUCCGGGGUCAGGAAGAUGUUUCCAUUCACCAUUAUUUAGCAGGUAUGAAAAUACAAGAAAAAUCUGUCGAAUGUGAGAAAAUGAAGUCCAGACUGCAAGAAUUAGCAGAUCGCCAGGGAAACCAAAAGCCACACUCUUUGCAGGGCUGGCGGCUGCUGGGGUACUUGGCCAAUUUGAAUGGAGAUGAGUCACUGGCCAUUGAGUACUAUGAGAAGGCUCUGGGCAUCCUGCUCAAACGCUCCAGCUCAGGCAUUGCAAGCCUCUUCCCUUCUCCUUCCUCUCCAGAGGCAGAGAGAGAUGGGGGUCCAGGAAGGGUUGGCCUCCCAUUCCAAAGGCCCAGGAAUAGUGCCACUUCUGUGCUUAAUGGGGAGAACAAAAGCAAACUGGAAAAAUGGGAGAUGCCUAUGGAGAUGAAUGGGUGUCCAGGAAGAGCCAGCCCUCCCUUCCGACGGUCUGACUGGGGUGAAGAAUACAGAGCACGAAGAGCUGGUGGCCUAGAAUGACCAGAGAGAUGGGGGUGUUGGAGACGUUGGCUGUGAUGGACAAGAUGGCCGGACCUGGAUGUUGAUGGUCCCCUGGCAACUUCCCUCUAGUCAGCAACAGGCCUGUCAUUUUUUGGAUAUGGGCAAAAGGAUCUGUAGCAACCCAGGGACGUUGUUUGGCUUUGGCCCAAGAGCUAUGGAUUUUUUCUUUGUCUUUUCUGCUCCCACACCAAUAGCAUCAUUGCAUGACUCAGAAUCCAUUAGUGGCUCCCCAUUGCCCCAAGUAAUGUCUAAACAGCUCAGCAUUUGAGGACCUUCCCAGUCUGGCUGUCAUUUACUCCUCUGGAACCCUCCCAGAACCUUCCCUCAGGAGCCCUCUAGGCUGCGUCUGAACUGGCCUCAAUACGCUGAUUCUGUUCAUCUUUGAGCCCUCGCUCAGGAUAUUUCCUAACCGGAAACCAGAGUUUUCCUAACUGGCUCACCUGCUAAGAGGGGCCAUUGGAAGGGGCCAUUUCCAGCCAUGGAAAUCCUACCCACCCUUUAAUAAAGGCAGCAAAUAUGAGUCAUUUCCUUUCCUUACCCCUGGCAGCUGGAAGUAACUCCUUUCCCCCAAGUCUUAGCCCUUAACCUGCAGCUCUCUGGUCCAUGUUGUGUGGUCCGUAUUGUUCAUGUAUAGUUCAUCUCCUCUCCUGUUCCUUUUUUGACUUUGUAAUAUGUGGUCCUUAGGACAGUGCCUGGCACACAGUGAUGAUUAAUAAAUGCUGGUUGAU